AUGGAUCGCCUAGGCAUCUAUUUCAACAACCUUACAGACACUAUUGUCGGACGAACAACCCUCCCGGUUAUCCGCAAAUGGGGACAUCCUUGGUUCCUCCUACCUAAGACCAACGAGGCCGCUAUCGCAUUCCUCACGGAGAGCGAGAUCCGCACUCUUCAUCGUCGAUUCGGGCACCCAGCGGUCCCAAGACUUCACAACCUCCUACGGCAAGCUGGCCACAACGAUGUGACGAUAGAUAUCCUAGAGAACAUCUCGAGAUUCUGUCAUCACUGUCAAAUGCACUCUCAAGCUCCAAGACGCUUCAAAUUCACCCUAAAGGAUGACCAGGAAUUCAACUACGAAAUCGUCGCUGAUGUGCUCUACCUUGGAACCCUCAACGCCCCGUCUUGCACGUGGUAG